GCCGCGCCGGCGGGGCUUCCUGUGCGGGGGCGGGCGGGCCCGGCCGGGGCUGGCUGCGGCGGCUGCCGGGCAUUUCUCGCCGCCGACUCCAGCCGGGCAGCCGCUCCCCGCCGAGGCUCCGCUCCGCCCGUCCUGCCCGCCCGCCCCGACGUGGUCCCCGCUUGCCGGCCCGGAGCCGCCCCGCCCCGCCUGCGAUGCCCGCCAUCCUGCUCUUCUGGAGCCGCGCGGAGAGGAAUAAAGAGUCGGUGGCAGGGACCGUCUGCACGAUGGGGAAAGAUUACUACAAGGCCCUGGGGAUCCAGUCGGCAGCCAACGAAGAUGAGAUCAAGAAGGCCUACAGGAAAAUGGCCCUGAAGUACCACCCUGACAAGAAUAAGGAUCCCAGCGCAGAGGACAAGUUCAAGGAGAUUGCCGAGGCCUACGACGUCCUCAGCGAUCCCAAGAAACGGGCCGUCUAUGACCAAUAUGGGGAGGAAGGGCUCAAGACGGGGGGCGGCUCCUCCGGCAACUCGGGAAACACUUUCCACUACACCUUCCACGGAGACCCCCACGCCACCUUCGCCUCCUUCUUUGGGGGCUCCAACCCGUUCGACAUCUUCUUCACCAGCGGCCGCUCCCGGAUCUUCAACGGCUUUGACCACGACGACAUGGAUGUCGACGAGGACAGCGACGACCCGUUCAGCGCCUUCGGGCGGUUUGGCUUCAACGGCCUGAGCGGCGUGCACCGGCGGCACCCGGAGCCCAUCCACAUGCGCCGGAAAGUGCAGGACCCGCCCGUGGUCCACGAACUGAAGGUCUCCCUGGAGGAGAUCUACCACGGGGCCACGAAGCGGAUGAAGAUCACCCGCCGGCGGCUGAACCCGGACGGGAGGACUGUGCGGACCGAAGACAAGAUCCUGAACAUCGUCAUCAAGCGGGGCUGGAAAGAGGGCACCAAGAUCACCUUCCCCAAGGAGGGAGACGCCACGCCGGACAACAUCCCUGCCGACAUCGUCUUCCUCUUGAAGGACAAGCCCCACGCCCACUUCAGGCGGGACGGGACGAACAUCAUCUACGUGGCCAUGAUCAGCCUGAAAGAGGCCUUGUGCGGCUGCACCGUCAACAUUCCCACCGUCGACGGGCGCGUCAUCCCCCUGCCCUGCAGCGACAUCAUCAAGCCCGGCACAGUGAAGAGACUGCGAGGGGAGGGGCUGCCCUUCCCCAAGGUGCCCACUCAGCGCGGAGACUUGAUUGUAGAGUUCAAAGUCCGCUUCCCGGACCGGAUAGCCCCCCAGACCCGGCAGAUCCUCAAGCAACACCUCCCCUGCUCCUAGACCCCCGCCCCGCCCAGCCCCUGCGCUGGCCUCGUCUUUGCCUGCCGGAUCUCAGCAGCAGCAACAACAACAGCAACGCUUCACGCCCUCGGCUUGCGCUGCGCCCGGGGGGCCCAGGCGUGCGCGGCUCACUGCGGAACACGCCCUCCCGUUGCUGCCGGCGCUCCGGCCUGGCUUCUGUGUGCUCUCCCUUCCCCCCCCCCUUUUCCUGGCAGUGGAUUUCUGGCUCAAGCCCCGGGGGUGCUCUUUGCCACUUUGACCUCUGGGCUUCUGGGGGAAUGGCUGACCCUCUCCCACCGCAAACAGGACUGCAGCGCCUCUUCUGCCUCUGCCGGGGUCACAGGGGGAUCUUUCUGCAGCUGUGCUGUGAGUGCGCCUGCGUGGCGAAGCCCCUCUCUGGCUCCUCCUGCUUGAAGUACACGGACCGAAGAGCCGGACGUCCUUCCGGCCAGCACAGCCAGCAGCCUUUGGCUCUACUCUCGCAGGGCCUGCUCGAAUCCCUGUUCUUACUCUAAUAGAAACUUCGUUAAGGGUUGGUCUUUUCCUGUCUGUUUCAGGCUAUUCGGGGUAGUUCGUGUUUAACUCGCUGGGGGCAUCGUGUCUCCCGCCCACGCCAGGCCAGGCCCCCCAGCUGACGUCUUGGGCCAGAGGCCGGGAGACGCCGCUCUGCUCACUCGAGCGGUUGGAUCGAUCUGUGCACCAGCCCUCUACGUGGGGGUCUUCAAUGGCAGCAGAGGAGCCAGGCUAGGGAGGGCGGGUUUGAAAUCUGCUUGGGGGCUUCCGAGGGGGGGGGGGUUGUGAGAGGCGCUUUUAAAAAGUUUUCCUGGGGUGGGAAUUGUUAAGCCAACACUCCUUUGCCAGCUCAGCCUGGCUUCACCUGCAGGGAUGUCUCUGGGGAAUGAGCUAUUAGUGGUGCCUGACUUCAGUGAGGCUUUGAGGCUGCCGUUUAAAAAGCCGUUCUCUUCCGCUCCCUGACGCGUGGUGCCAA